UGUCGCGAGUGUUUUCUACAGCUGCUCCGGUUUAGGAGUAGGAAGGAGGGAGGACAGCUGAUUGAGGAUAACAUCGCACUUUUUUUUUAAAAGAUUGAUUUUAUUGUUUUUGUCUUUUAACGACAAUCAAGACAUUUGUUUUAUAAAUGUCUUUUUCUUGCAACCAGUCUCUGGAUGGCAGUUUUCCUCCGUCUCCAGCGGAGGACAGGGGCUCUCAGAGGCUGUCCUGGAUCAGCCUGCUGCAGAAGCUCACCGAGCUGAAGGGCAGCAAACACGAGCACCGGCUCUGCAGGAGCGAAUCAGGAUCUGCGACAGAUGUGUCCCUGUGUGAGUCAGACUCCACUUUCUUCUGCUACCCCCCAGAGGAGACCUUGGCUGCAGGGGUGGUGGCCACCAUCACACAAAGCCUCAACAAUGGGUUCCACGUCCUGUGCUGCUCCAGACUCAACCUGCCUGGCCGUCUGAUGCAGAACCUCUCAGAAGAGUUGCUCCACCUAGCUGUGAACGAGCCCUGUGGGCUCAGGGGGGCCCUGAUAGACCUGUGCGUGGAGACUGGGGACCAGGGCUCAUUGUGCACUGUAGAUCAAAUCGCAGUGGAUUCCACCCUGGUCCCAACUUUCCACGUGACCCUGGUGCUGAGGGUCGAGUCCGGCGGACUGUGGCCAAAGGUCCAGAAGCUCUUCAAAGGUGGGAAGUCACCUUCUGCGGCGCAGCAACGACACCACAAGACCCUGAAGCUGAGCACCAGCUUCAGGGCCAUCAAGAGGAAACUGUACAGCUCAGGAGAGCUGCUGAUUGAAGAAUGUUGAUUUUCAACAAGCACACAUGCCUUGACUGCAAAAAGUUUUUUUUUUUUUUUAAGUAAAACACUACCAUAAACUCUGAAUUGCACUGACAUAAAGGUCCCCAAUCAAAUCUGUGCCACGAUUUUAAUCUGAGGACCAACUUGUCUCAUGGCAGCUACUCGCCUGGACUCGUCAGUAAAGAUUCAUGUCUGAGCAUGAGUCGACUCUUUCCCACAAAUGUGACGAGGCUCCUAUGAGGCAAUUAUUUGAUAGUCAAAUGAUACUGCCUGGAUCAUGUUUUAUACUUGAAAAACAGAAUAAAUUAUUUUCUAUUACA